AGGCCCCGGAGGAGAAACUUCUUUAGCCAUUUUCUAGAAUCUUCUCGAAGGCGAUGGCUGAGACGACCACCACCGAGAGAUCCACUGGCACAGUCAAAUGGUUCAGUGCCCAGAAGUGUUUCGGUUUCAUUGCUCCGGACGGCGGAGGCGACGACCUUUUCGUCCACCAAACCUCUAUUCUUUCCGAAGGCUUUCGUACACUCUCUGAUAAUCAACCCGUUGAGUUCUCCGUUGAUAUCGGCGAAGAUGGCCGAGCAAAGGCAGUUGAAGUAACACCUAUGUCCCGAUCUCGUCGCCCUCCCCGUGGUGGUCGUGGCGGUGGAAGAGGAGAACAUUUUGGCGGCAGAGGUAGGGGUGGUGGUGGAGGUUACAGGAGAGGAGGUUAUGGUGGCGACGGCGACGGCGGAGGUAGUGGCGCAUGUUAUAAUUGUGGGAGGACGGGACAUUUAGCGAGGGAUUGUUAUCAAGGUGGUGGAAGAUCGAGAUACCGAGGUGGCCGUGGAGACGAUGGUGGAAGUAGAGGAUACGGCAGCGGCAAUGGUGAUGGCCGAGGAGCUGGGGGACGAUGUUUUAGCUGUGGAGAUGAAGGCCAUUUUGCAAGGGAUUGCCCUAACAAAUGAUUGCCAAAACGAUUCCUAUAUAUUUUGUGAGUACGAGUGUUUCUUUCAUGGUGUGUUGCAAAGGGGUUUACGAGCAAAAGGAGAAAUCCAAAAAUUAUUUAUUUUUCCGAUUAUAAUUUCUUUACCCACUUUUCCCCCCGAUCCCGAGUGAUCUGGUAACGUUGUAUAAUGUGCUAUUAUUGUUGUUAUUCUCUUAUU